CUGGGUGAUAGCUCCGUUCAGAUGUCUCUGCUCCGUACCCUUUAUCAUCGCUGUUUCAGUUCUCUAUGUAUACUCACCUUUGCAUGCUUUUAUCUGGACAAUAGGGUGGCAUGACCCAAUAAAUGUCACUUGCAGAAUACACUGAAGCAAAGUAUCCUCUGCAUAAAGCAGCACGAGAGGGAAGAGCAGGAAUCCUAAAGUUGCUGCUGUCAACUGGAAAGUAUGAUAUAAACUUUGGAUGCUUUGAUCUUAUUCGCCCUCUGCAUGAAGCAUGUCUUGCUGGUCACACAGAAUGUGUAAGGACUCUAUUGGAGCAUGGUGCAGAGGUGAAUGCUCGCAAUAUUGAUGGAGGAACCCCACUCUGUGAUGCCUGUUGUAAUGGCAACCUUGAAAUUAUUCGUAUGCUGCUUGAACAGGGUGCACUGGUCAACCCACCACACACCCUGAAUUCACCUCUUCAUGAAGCAGCACUGAGAAAUAAAUGGGGCUGUGUGCAGGUGCUUGUGGAGUAUGGUGUGAAAAUUAACGCCAGCGACUGCCACCAUGGCACACCACUGCACGUGGCAGCUGUUAGGGGAUAUUUGGAGUUUGCAGCAGUACUUUUGUCAUUCGGCGCCAAUGUCAAUGCUCCCCAUAUUCACUCCACUCCACUUCACCUAGCUGCACGUCAGCUGGAUGUGCCCAUGAUCAUUUUACUACUUGAGCAUGGUGCAAAUGUCUUCUGUCAGGACAAUCAUGGCAAGACACCUGAAGAAUGCAUAGCUCCUGUUGGACUUAAUGUUGCUAUAGCAAAGAAGCUGCUACACAACUGGGCAUGCAACCCUAAACCUUUGCAGCACUUUUGCCGCCUUGUUAUUCGUGAUUCUUUGAGAGGCAAAGGACUGAGGUUGGUAGAAAAACUCCAUGUUCCAAGAUGUGUAAAAGACUUUCUGCAGUUUUUGCCCUUACAGAAAAACUUUUUUCUAUGAAAAAUCUGGUCAAACACAAAAGCAACACUUGUUGAAAUUUGCUGUUAGAUGAAAUGUACUGUCACUUUGCUUCAGCCGUCUAACAUUCUUUGUCCUUCAUUUAUUCGCAUGCAGUAAACAGUAUACAAGAA